CUCUCCGCGGCCAUUUUUUAGUGGGGGGAGAUUUUUGUUUUCCGCUCUCCACGGACGCCGCGGGGCUCCCGCGGCGGCGGCGGCGCCAUGAGCGGAGAGACGCCGUACAUCGGCAGCAAGAUCAGCCUCAUCUCCAAGGCGGAGAUACGCUACGAGGGCAUCCUCUACACCAUCGACACCGAGAACUCCACCGUCGCGCUCGCCAAAGUCCGCUCGUUUGGCACGGAGGACCGGCCCACGGAGCGCCCAGUCGCGCCCCGCGAUGAGAUCUUUGAGUACAUCGUGUUCCGCGGCAGCGACAUCAAGGACAUCACGGUGCGCGAGCCGCCCAAGCCCCAGCGCACGCUGCCCCAGGACCCCGCCAUCGUGCAGUCUUCCCUAGGCUCGGUCGCCCCAAGGUUCCAGUCGUCCAGCUCCUAUGGGCCUUUUAGCGGCAUGGCCCCAUACGGCCAGCUGGGGCCCGGAUCCUUCAUGGGCCCCCCCUACGGCUCGCUCGGCUUGGGAAGCGGUCUCUCUCCCCUCGCGCAAAACUCGACUCUGUCGGGGAUGCAGCCACCGCGAGGCGGGGCCUUCGGGGAGACGAGCUUCACGCCAGACUUCCUGUCCCCGACGAGCCUCUUGCCCUCGCAGGACGUCCCGCGAGCGGUGUCGCCCCCUGGAGGCCUCGGUGGCAAGCCUACGCCGGAGCGCGCGGCGAGCGAGAAACCGCUGACUUCUACCGCCGUGGGCGACCGGCGACCGAGCCAACAAGCCAAGGCUCCCGGCGUGCCACCUGCGCAUAGGCCCGGCACCGCUAAUGAUGCCAGGAAGGGCGGCGGAGUGCCAGGACCCGUCGACAGGCACAUGGAUGGGCACAAGCCAGAGCGGACGGAUGACCGGGGCCAGACAUUCCGGAGGCGAGGUGGUGGUUACCGGCCACCAGUGGGCCCUACAUCACCAAUUGGCGGUGUCGGCGGUGUCGGCGGUGUCGGCGGUGUCGGCGGUGUCGGCGGUGUUGGCGGUGUUGGCGGUGUCGGCGGUGGCGGCGGCGGCGGUAGAGGUGGCGAAGGUGGCAGAGGUGGCGGAGGCGGUUAUCCGGGUCGUGCAGGGCCCCCCCGGCGCGGCCGGGAUGGUUUCCGAGGCCGCGGCCGCAUUGGGGGUGGCCGCAAGGAGCAGCCGAUGAAGUUUGAAGGGGACUUCGACUUUGAGAGCGCCAACGCACAGUUCAACAAGGAGGAGCUAGAGAAGGAGUUCCAGGACAAGCUCAAGCUCAAAGACGACCGCGGGGGGGAGAAGGUGGUGAACGGCGAGGACAAGGAGGGCGGCGCAGAGACGCAGUCGCACGAGGACGACAGCGCCUACUACGACAAGACCAAGUCGUUCUUCGACAACAUCUCACGCGAGAGCGACCCAAGGGAGCGGCGCUCGACGUGGGCGGACGAGCGGCGCAUGAACGUCGAGACGUUCGGGGUCUCCUGCAGCCGGGGUCGGGGCGGCUACUACCGCGGGCGCGGUUUCCACCGCGGAGGCUUCGGCUACGGUGGCGGUUACUACCGCGGCGCGCGGGGGUCCUUCCGAGGGGCGACUGGGAACCCCCGGGGAGGCGUGGUGCGGGAGUUCGGGUACCGAGGAGGCCGCGGAGGAGGGCGGCUGUGGUCCGAGAUUGAUCAGAAGAGGGAUAACAAAGUGACGUCUUAGAAGAGGAGGAAACGUCGACUUCAGGAUGGCACCAAGGGGGGUGGUGGUGGUGGGGAGGGAGUCGGGUGUGAAGCACUGCAGGGGUAGAGCGUUACAUCGGACGGACAGGCGAACGGACUCGCCAUCGCUGUGCCAGACGCAGGAGGUGGGGGUCACGUGUGUCGGAUACUGUAUUUUUAAAUGUCCUUUUUAAAAAACUAAAAAAGUGAAUAAAUAUUUUGAAUGGAAUGCUUUAUCGCGAUCAAAUUAAAAUAUUUACGAGCAUCAGUUGCUGAAGAGCUACACGGAGAUUGUAUGACUGACGAGAUGACUGUUUUUAACGUUUCUAUUUGCCAGACACCCAGAAUCCAUCGUUAAAUUAUUGAGCUGGCCGAGUAGAAUAGACGACACCAUCGUUCAGGCUAUGAAGAGUUGGGGGAGGCAGAAGCACAACAGUCGUGCGGCCAAACACUCUGGUCUUCAUCCUCAAGUGGAGUGAAGAGAAUCUAAAACACGUUAAACUCGUCGGCGUGGUGAAUAACGCCGGUGCAGGGCACGCGUGGGUGGGCAGCUGGAGGGUCCAAGCGGUGGGGUCUCUUGAGUCGGGAUCCAGUAACAAAUCGGCAGGACCCGUCGUCCCCGUGUUAAUAAAAUACACUUAACAAGCUGUUCAAUCCAAAUUCACCGAAUUACCUUUUUCUCUGAAUUGUAUUGGGCAACCUAAUGGCCGUCUAUAUGGGAGUGCUAAAUAUGACCACGGAGUUCACACGAGAAUGAAUAUGGGUUCAAAUCGACAGCAAGCCCAAAGACUACAGAUGUGACUGUGAGACCUUGACAGGACCGACUGGGUAUGAUGUGAGUUUCUGUAAUUAAACCUCAAUUAUGAACCCUUUCACAACUGGUGCCGUAGAUUCGCAGGACUGUCCUGAUAUUUCACGUGAGCAAAUGUGGAUUUUGUUUGCGGGACACACACUGUCUGCUGAAAUGUCCAUCUCCAAAAGAUUUAACGUCGCACAUUAAGCAAUUUUACCGAAACUCAAACGGACCCCAGUUUACCAAGCAGAAAAAGGGGCUGGCUUGCAGGGGGUGGCAUAAAGUUGAAAAACAGCUGUGCGAGGGUUAAGCCAACGCACGAUCGUAGUGCUUUGUAAUCAGGGGUCACAGAAUGUAGUUGCGUGAAGCCACUUGUCAGGCACCGCAUGGCCUGCUGCCGCGAUGCACCGUCACCUCAAGGGGAACUCGCAGUUCUGCCCUCCCCCGGGGCUCUGGUAGGAUCUGGGCGAGGGGGAACCUGAAGCGAUGGAAUGUUUCGCCGUUGGGAAAUCGCCAUAUGUAGCGAGCCUCUGGGCGAGGGAUUUCACGAGUGUCGUCGCAUGCGACACGGAGAAAUGGCCACAACCCUGGGGUCUUCUGGUCAACAGGGGAGCCCCACCCCCCUUUCAGUUAAUGCACUGCCUGGGCCACUUUCAGGCUGUCGAGCAUAAUCACUAAAGUCGUUUUGUCUCAUCUGGAUUUGUCACCCAAACCGCACAGACGUAGACAGAAAAUGGGGGGGCCUCGUAAAUUCACUUAAUGCAAAGUGACAAUUUCAUGAAGCGAGAUUAUAGUCGUGUAGCAUUCAGGACCUUUCAUUUCCCAAACACUGAAAUCGAUACGAGUGCACCACAGAACGUCACCAGUAAUGAACGUUGAUGUCGUGACCCUGUUUUUUUUUUAAGUCAAACAGCCACCACCACAUUCUGCGGGGCAGCAGAAGCACCUGGUGCUCUGCCGGCGGUAGCCAUGACGCAACCAAAAACCAUCGUCCCUCUCUUGAGUUGCUGCUUUAGUGUGGUUAACACACCCCGUGGGUAACAAACAGUCUUUAAUGCAAAUCACCGCUUCACGGUGGAGAUUCUGGCACUAAUGAGUGCACAAGAAGCCCAAACCCAGCCCCCCCUCCCGUUAAGAGCAUUAGUGCGAGCGCUGUUUUAAUAAACACAAUCAACUUGUAUAAAUAAAAGUCGUGUGCUUCCUCGCUUGUCUUUCUGGCCCUCACGAUCAAUCCAAGUCGCCGUCGAGCAGCAAAAUAAACUUGCAAAUCCUCACUCGUCAGCAGUAACCGACGUCGCCGCGACCGUCCACAGUGUUUUAGCCGGGCGGCGACGGUCUAGAACUGUCUUUUUUUUUUAAAUAAUAAAAUAAUGGAACCUGAAGAUGCGUGCGUGCAGUCGUGGCGUCGCGGGGAAAACGAGUGUUAAAUUGGGCUUGCACUGUACACGACGGGCAGUGUUCACUUGUGGACUAAAUGUGAAUAAAGACGAGGACUGUCGGCUUCUA